UGGAAAAGGGCUGACUGUUGUGGUUUAGAGUUUGGAGAUGAUCUGAAAGCUAUUGUUCAGGAAACACGAGGAGAUUAGAAGAACAUCUGUUUGGAACAAUCAAAACUGACAAAAGGAAAAUACAUGUACAUGUAACUGAAUUUUUGGUUAGAUCAGGGAACUGUAGACCCUGCCUAGGUCACUAGUAUGGCCAUGCUUUGAUAGACUGCAUCAUGAUUUGCAUGUGAAAGAGAAAUAAAAGAAUCAUCUUCCUGGCAGUUGUACAAUGUUUUUUUCGUCUAUCAGCAUUAAUCCCCUCUGAAGGCUACACCGUGUCUCAUCUGUCUCAUGGAAAAAUGCAUGUACCUGUGACAAAACGUGAUCUCGUGAUGUCUAGGGAAAACAAAGCUAGGUCAUUAUGUUUUCGAGCCUGGAAAUAGAUCAUAAGCCCACUUCAUGGGCGACCAAAGGCAUUAGUGGGCCGACAUGUAUCUUAUCUUUCAUUGCGCACAAAGGCUGAUGUGCCUGUGUACAUGUACCUGUGUUUUGCAGUCAUUGAACUCGAGUACACAUACAGUACCAGUAUCAUUAUCAAGAUCAAGUGCGGAUUAGAACUGUUUUUGAAAAGGUUUGUCCUUUGUUGAAGGCCUCUUUUGUGGCCAGAGCAACAGCAAAGUCAACAGUCGUUGAAGAUACUGGUUUGAUCAUUCUUUACACAUGAUAUCUAAUGGAUGCAACGUCCGUGAUCAGUUAAGUCACUUUAUUGAACACAAAAUGUUAGCCAACAGUUGUACGUUUUCCUCGCAAAGAGUGAACAGUGGAUUGUCAACAUAAGGUGCGUAGGUCGUCGGGUCUUUCUUCAUCAAAUCUAUCUGGUUGACAACAUUGACUCAGCGCGUAGCGGGGAUUUAAAUGAGUGGGGAACGGACAGACGCAGGAUUCUAAGGAUUUAAACCUGACAUAUGAGCAGCCAGAGGAUCGCUGCUGAACAGUGAGCUGUCGUCGUCGCUGCUAGUCUCAUCUUCUGUCGUCGGCACGCCUACAGUGUGCCUCCUCGGCCAGGGAUUUUCUAACUUUGGAGGUUUCGACGAAUCGUGACAGAGACGGCGGUCUGAUGCGCCAGGUAGCCAACACGGCGGGAAAUUGCAUGAGUCGGUCGUUGGUCAUGGGGCAGAAAGUGUCCGGAGGCAUGAAGCAGGUCGCAAGGGAACCCAAUUUCAAGUCGCUGCACCGUGAGCUGACAUACAGCGGGGAUCUUCAGAAGCCAAACAGAUUAGACAUGUUGCUGGAUAUGCCAGCCGCGGACAAGGAGACACAGCAGAAAUUUGCAUGGAACGAGGAAGAUCGCUCGUUGAAUAUAUUUGUGAAGGACGAUGAUCCUCUAACCUUCCACAGACACCCUGUCGCACAGAGCACGGACUGUAUACGCGGGAAAUUUGGUUUCUCGAGGGGACUGCACGUAUUUGAAGUAACAUGGAACUCUAGGCAGAGGGGAACGCACGCCGUGGUUGGAUUCGCGACCGCAAACGCACCGCUUCACUGUGUCGGUUACCAAUCGCUGGUCGGAAGCAACGCAGAGUCGUGGGGCUGGGACUUGGGACGUAAGAAGCUCUUCCACGACUCCAAGCACAAAACGGGACACCAAUACCCACUUGCGGGACAUUCAGACAACUUCAACGUACCAGACACCUUUCAAAUGAUCCUUGAUAUGGAUGAAGGAACCCUCAGUUUUUCCGCUAACGAUCAGUUUCUUGGGAUUGCUUUCCGUGGACUCAAGGGCAAGAAGCUCUUCCCUAUUGUCAGUGCAGUCUGGGGACAUUGUGAAAUCACUCUCAAAUAUGUUGGAGGCCUAGAACCUUCACCGCUUCCACUACAGGAUCUGUGCAGACGCUGUGUCCGUGUCUCAGUUGGGAAAGAUCACCUGGAAAACGUCUACCAACUGCCCCUACCUAACAUGGUGAAAAAAUACCUCCUCUUUCAGUGAAAGGACACAGAUUGACAAAAAUAACAACUCUAAAAUCAGAUCCAAUCCGUCCUGGGUGACUUCUCUGUGUUUUUACGUAAGAAAUCAUAGCCGACGAAUUGGCUUUUUUUAUAUAACACGGUUGAUGUUGACCAAAUUAUGUGUUUUCUCCUCGUCGACCAACUGCAAGGGAGAGAAGACGCCACUGUCGUGAGACUACGAGAGGGGGCUGUUCGCGAUUUUUGUUGUGGACGUAACUCAAGGGACGUUUGUUCGAUGCGAGGAUUAUCGCUGUUUUUAUUUAUUACCAAGAGAACAACUGCCAUCUUGUGCCAAUCUGUGCCUCAUGAAGUUUGAUUCAGGGUCUGCGAACAUGCCGAUGAACCACCGCCGUUGUCGUUCCUCCGUUGUCGUUUCUCCGUCGCCUCUCAAAGAUCUGUGACGUCUCCUGCUGUCGGGUGAAGACACGGGAUCGCUAUAUCCCAGUGAAAGUGUGACGACUCUCACCGUUCAACCUAGCGAUUCUUAGUGCAGGAGAUGCUGACUGUCCACUCUGGGAACCUGUUGGGACUCCAAUCAGAUAGAGUCGGACAAUCAAUCACAGCGAUCCGAGUCUCUCCUACGGUCAUAGCAGUGUUGUAUUGAUAAUCACUGAAAUAACAAAUGGGUACACGUAUGCUUGUAUGUGCAACGGAAACACGACCCCAAGAAGCUCCACAAGUCACGUUGCCCUUAGGAGAAACUCUGCAUACAUCGUACAUAUGAUAUUUAUAUAUAUCCAAACUGUCUGGAACUCAUGUGAGAAGUCAGCAAUCGUCUAUGUAACUUAUUUUCUGAUGGAAUAUUAUUGACGGGAUGUCGAACGUAGAAGCAUUUAACAGAAAAGUGCUGAGAAAGUGAUCUGCAACUUGCUACCGAAAACUGCCCUAGAUUCUGGCAAUACACCCCCUAGUGUUGGGAGAGAUGUUAUCUUUCCUUUCAUAUUAGGAGGCAGAACAUUACACAUCUUUUAAAAACCUUUUUAACAGUCAUCUCUACGGAACUUGAUGCGAAGCCUGAAUACGGUUUUAAUUUCAAGAUGUGUAAAACAAAAGUGUGUGAUAGUUUUUGUGUUAUUGUAAUGUUGAUAAUUCGGCCCCCGUCUUUGAGGGCGCAUGUAGGUCGGGUCGAAAAGUUUGUUACUGAAGAAGUCAAACAGUCGUAUAACUUCUUCUGUUUGUGCCGUUACGAAAUAAAAACUUACAUUCUCAGAUGAAUUAAAAGCUUAUUGCUUCCAAAUUGCAGACCUUAACUAAUUACCUCAAUAUUAAACAUGGAUAUUUAGGAUAUAGUAUUCAAGUGAUAUUGUUAGAAAUGACCCAGUGAACAUACAGAACAAACCAUGCUCAUAUGCAAUUCCUUUUUUUCUACUUUGAUCCAAAUUCCUUGUAAAUUUCAAGAUCAUGAAUUCUCCAAAUGUUCAUGUUGAUUACAAUCUGCAUUAUAAAUGAAAUGCUGCAAUUCUCUAUUUUACAAUGUGCAACCUUUACCUUUGCCUACCAUGUAUGUGUGUUCUUUUACGCAAAAUGAAAACAGAAAACCACUGUCAAUGACAGGUCGUAGGGUACAGAUACAUAUAGUUGUCGUUACGUUAGUCCUUCUAAAUCAUUAUUCAAAUAUAUAUCAACUGAGAACAGUACUUUAUGUAUGUAAAGUGACGCAGGCAUGGUCGGAACGAGCAUGCCGUUACUUACUCGCUGGCAAUUCCUGUAAAUACAACACAUUACCAUGAUGAUUAUGCCUUACUUUAUUAUACAUUGUGUGACUGACGAAUGUGCUGCAUGAUAACCGAAGAACCGUAUAUAUUCUAUAAUUUCUAUUCCACCAACGUAAUAACUCCAUGUUAUGUUACCCAGAUUAUGUACUCCUAGAUUAGUUCCCUCACGUAACUUCAGACAAAAAUAUAUGUGUCCCCUUUAAAGACAUCAGACAGGGGGUUUAUAUGCAAAUUGUUGAUUGACAUUUUGACAAGUUGAAAUAAUCAUCAAGGUAAUUUUUAACAGUUUCGAAAUUAGGGAGAGGAGCACAACUGCCCCUUCCCCCAUUUUGAAACUCAGUUGGUAUUUGUUCAGUCCAUAACAAAGUAAAAUUCCCACAAAUUUAUUUUGUGCGCAAACCCCCCCCCCCCCCCCCCCCCCUCACAAGAUCCUGGAUUCUACCAGGGGACCUUUCAUAUAAUUAACAAUGUGCCCCAAGAAGGAAGGGUGCCAUGGGGUGCAAACAGUUUCCAAAUCUCAACAACUAUUGAGUGACAGUACAUCAAAGUCGUCACUUUUUUCAAGAACUAUUAUUUCUGCUCUCAAACUGUAUAAUACCCCCUGAUCCUUCAAGCAACAAGGGUAUUGUCUUUAAUACUUCAUCUCAUCAAGAAACACGUUUUAGUCGGUAGUUAUUUUCUUUCGCUGUAAUGUGUACAUGUACAUAAACAACAGACCAUUCUGCCUUGGGUUUGGCUUCAUCGGACAGCCGCGAUGCAAAUUUCUCUCAAGUCUCAAUCCAAACUUUUAUACUUUUUUUGUAUGGAUGUACAGUGUAAGACAGAAUACUUUUGUUACAGUAGAUAAUACUGGAGUAGAUGAAUACAUACUCUGCAUAUUUAAGUCAUUACUUCUCUAGGUAUUACGAUGACAGUCUUCUCCCUCAUCUUCUUCUUAUGUUCCAUCUCGUAUAUUUUGAAGCCUUUCAAUGCUAUUUAUUGGACCGCUGGGUCUUUACAUAACUCUGGCUGCUCUUUUUUUUAAUGUAUAUUUUUCCUAUUUUCAUGUCAAAUUUUGAAUUGAAGACAUAAAUGGUGCUAUAAUACUCGUAUCAUUGAUGUGUGGGAUGGAUGCUGUCGCCACGGUAACCAAAUUUAACCGAACAGAUGUGAUUGCGUUCAUGCGGUGCCACGCGACACAGUGCAAUAGUUAUGAAUAGGAAAGUACAGGUACAUGUUUCGUAACCAGAUAGGUUAUGAUUGCUAGCAAAGCAUUUAAUCCAGAUUUUUGAAAAAGUGCGCUGAGAAUCAUGAGGCCUCAACUCCUGAAAUUCUGAGAGAGAAGAAUGAAAUGUUAAACGAAUCAUGAUACGCGGGCUGAUUUUAAAUCUAUGAAUUUGAAAUCAGUUGUAAUUAUCAGACAUUUUUAAUGGUUCUAAUUAAUGAUUACUUGCCAUAACAGAAACAGUGUUCCAGGGUUUUUUUAAUAUCUUUUUUAUUUCGUUUUUUAAACAUUUGUGUGUGGAUAUUUAAAAAGUAACAUGGUUUUGUCUGUACCGCAAAUAUUUUUUCUUUUCUUGUGCAUUGGGGCUCUUUACUAAAGCAAUACUGCAAAUGGCAGAGGAAAGAACUGUGUAAAUUCAAUUCUGUGUAUCAUUUAAUGUUGAUGUAAUAUUUUUUGUUGAAAUACUGCAAGUGGUUUACAAAACUACAUGUUUCGCAGGUGUGUCAUGUGUAGGGGUAUUGGUAGGGGUACAAGAGGGGGGAGCUUUCGCACCCUUUACAUGUAUCAUACC